AUGGAGACUGCGGCACAACACGAGGAGAUCGUAAUCGUCGGAGGUGGAAUUUGUGGGCUUGCCACCGCCCUCGCUUUUCACAGGAAAGGGAUUAGAAGCAGAGUACUUGAAAAAUCAGAGACACUGAGAACCACAGGAGUGGGAAUCAUAAUACAGUCAAAUGGGUGGCGAGCGCUUGAUCACCUUGGUGUUGCUUCAAUGCUUAGGAACACUGCUCUUUGUAUACACUCAAAAUGGGAUGAAAAAGCUAGCUGACGCUGUUCAAUCUUGUGUAGUGGAGAAAUACGAUGCUUAAAAAGAAUUGAUCUCGUCAAAGCACUAGCCAGCGACUUGCCGUUGGACACCAUACAAUUUGGUAAGCAUGUAAUAUCCAUACAAGAGGAUCCAAUAACCUCGUAUCCUGUUCUUCAUCUUCAAGAUGGAAGCGUUGUCAGGCCCAAGAUUGUGAUUGGCUGUGAUGGUGUAAACUCUAUCAUCUCAACCAUCCUAGGCCCGUAUUCUACCAAGCUUUCGCCAACUUCUGUGGUACGAGGUUUCUCGUAUGUCCGAAAUGGCCAUGAUUAUGGGAGCACGUAUCAUGUAUUCAGCAACGUCAAGCAUGUUAAAAUUGGAAUUUUCCCUGUUACAAGCGAGUUAAUCUACUGGUUUGUAAUCCGAAGGUGGACGUCUGAAGAUUCAAAGAUUUCAAGAGAUCGAAUGCUUAUAAAAGAAUCAACAGUGGAAUUACUGAAGAAUUUUCCACAGGAAAUAGUAGAGCUGAUAGAGUAUAGUGACCUGGAAUCGUUGCAUCUAACAGAUUUGAGAUACAGAUCGCCAUGGGAAGUGCUGACGACGAACUUCAGAAAAGGGACAAUGACAGUGGCCGGAGAUGCCAUGCAUGCAAUGUGUCCAUUUCUGGCACAAGCAGGAUCAGCUUCUCUGGAAGAUGCAGUGGUGCUUGCUAGAUGUUUAGGAGAAAAGCUGCAGAGUAAAGCAAUGGCGGACACACGUGUGAAAGAAAUGGUGGAGGAAGGAAUAGAUGAGUAUUUGAACAAGAGGAAAAUGAGAGUCUUCUGGUUGUGUCUGCAAACUGACCUUGUUGGUAGAGUCAUCCAGCCUUCAUCAUUGCCUAUGAAAUUGUUGAGUGCUUUCUUCCUAACCAUUCUCUUUAGUGAUCCAAAUCAGCAUACACGCUAUGAUUGUUGCGAGUCCUAGGAACAUAAUUACUUGUUUGACUAACCCACUAACGCUAAGUUUGUGGAGGAUGUUUGGGAAAUCAGAAUUACAAAAUGGCCAGAUGAGAAAGGUAUUGUGAGAAGAGAAAUAAUGGAAAUGGA